AGUGUUGCUGACUUCACUCAGCUCCUGGGCACGGCUGCUCCGCCCUCGGGGUUAUACAAUGGACUGCUUCUCCGCCUGCUUGGCAAGAGCCAGAUGCUGCUGAGAAGGGAAGGCUAACCAGGCUCCGCUGUCCACAGUGCGUGUCACCACCGUGCACCCCGCUCCGCGCUCUCUGGGCGGACCAGCAAGAGGAUGUAUUUGGUCAGCAAGGGAAUCACCACGGGCUGGUCAAGGGGAACCGGAGCGCAGUUCUCCCCGUCCCAGGCGUGUGUCGGCUAAUAGCUCCAGAGAGGCAGGACCUUCCCGCUUGCUCCACUGGGCCUUGAAUCUUGGUUCCUGCGUUUCUCCAUGGGGAGCAAAAGCGUUACUCUGGCAUGUGGGGUCCUUGUGGUAUUACCUAAGACGCGCUUGAUUCUGUUCAAGUCCUUUCUGCACGACGCCGGCUAAAGAGGGCUCCUCUUCGGCCAACGCGUUUCCCUUUUAAAAAAUACUUGUCACUGCUUUAGCAGCUGUGGAAGUCCCCACUUUUUCCGCACCCUUCCUCCCGGUUCCUCAAGGAGGCAUCCAUGUCCUGGAACCAAUCAUGAGCACCGGUUGUGAGCCCGGGCAGAACCAUUUUGAGAGCGGAGGUGGUGUUGGAAGUGGCAAUUCUGGAGCCCCCAGGAGAAGCAGAGUCCAGCGAGGGGCUGAAUCCCAGGGCCAAGCCAAUGACGACAUGGACGUCAACAGUAACGGGUCCAGCGGCAACGAAUCGCACGGCGAUUCCCAUAGCAGUUCCCGCAGCAGCGGCAACGGCAAAGACUCCGCUCUCCUGGAAACCACCGAAAGCAACAAGAGCUCAAACUCCCAAAGUCCUUCUCCUCCCAGCAGCUCCAUCGCCUACAGCCUUCUCAGCGCUAGCUCUGAACAAGACAACCCGUCCACCAGUGGCUGCAGCAGUGAGCAGUCCGCACGUGUGAAGACCCAAAAGGAGCUGAUGAAGGCGCUGAAGGAGAUGAAGAUCCGGCUGCCCUCGGAGAAGCGCAGCAAGGGGAAGCCGGGGACUCUGGCCACGCUGCAGUAUGCGCUCUCCUGUGUCAGACAGGUCCAAGCCAGCCAAGAUUACUACCAGCAAUGGACCAUUGACGACCGCCAGCCCUACAAUCUGGACAUGUCUACUUACACCAUUGAGGAGCUGGAAAACAUCACGUCAGAAUACACCCUCAAAAACCCUGAUACAUUCUCGGUGGCCGUCUCUUUCAUCACCGGGAAAAUCGCCUACAUCUCAGAUCAGGCGGCCUUCAUCCUGCGCUGCAAGAAGGACGUCUUCAAGGGGGCCAAGUUUGCGGAAUUCCUGGCACCGCAAGAUGUCAGCAUCUUCUACGGGUCCACAGCGCCGUACCACUUGCCCUCCUGGAGCGCCUGUGCCUCUGCCACUGCCAUGGAUUACACCCAAGAGAAAUCUGUCUUCUGUCGCAUCAGCGGAGGCCACGAGAGCGGGCGGGAGAUGCGCUACCACCCCUUCCGGCUCACCCCUUACUUGACCAAAGUGCGUGACUCAGACAGCGCCGAGGGACAGCCUUGCUGCCUGCUCAUCGCCGAGCGCAUCCACUCAGGCUAUGAAGCUCCCAGAAUCCCUCCUGAUAAGAGAAUCUUCACCACCAGACAUACCCCCAGUUGCUUAUUUCAGGAUGUGGAUGAGAGAGCUGCCCCUCUGCUAGGCUACCUUCCUCAGGACCUAGUCGGAACCCCCGUCCUCUUCUACUUGCACCCAGAAGACCGGCCUCUUAUGCUGGCCAUUCACAAGAAGAUUCUGCAAUAUGCCGGCCAGCCCUUCGACCACUCGCCCAUCCGCUUCUGUGCCCGCAACGGCGAAUACGUCACCAUCGACACCAGCUGGUCCAGCUUCGUCAACCCCUGGAGCCGCAAAGUCUCUUUCAUCAUGGGCAGGCACAAAGUGCGGACGGGCCCCCUCAAUGAGGACGUCUUCACAGCCCCCAAAGCACCGAAGGUGAAGCCUGUGGGACUGGACAUCCAGGCAUUGUCAGAGCAGAUCCACCGGCUCCUGCUACAGCCGGUGCACAGCAACGGCUCCAUGGGCCUGUGCAGCAUGGGGAGCAAUGCUUCCCACGAGCAGUUUCUGAGCAUCGCCUCGUCCAGUGACAGCAACGGCAUCCCCAAUGAAGAGGCACAAGCUGUUCGGCCGAUGACUUUCCAGGAGAUCUGCAAGGACGUGCACAUGGUGAAGAACCAGGGCCAGCAAGUCUUCAUCGAAUCCCGGGUCAGGCCCCAGCCCACGAAGCAUUCCCAGCCAGCUCUUGAAGCGCCAGUCGGACGCCACGUUCAGCCCACAGUCGCUCAGAGGGAGCUGGACAGGGAACCGGGAAAGGCAGCCGCGUCUGAGGAGCCCUCUAACUAUUCCUACCAGCAGAUCAACUGCCUGGAUGGCAUCAUCAGGUAUCUAGAGAGCUGCAAUAUCCCAAGCCGCGUGAAACGAAAAUGCGGCUCCUCCUCAUAUACCACGUCCUCAAAUUCUGAUGACGACAAACAGAAAGCGGGCGAAGAGGUGGCCUCUCCCAGCAAAGAUGCACUGGAGGAAAUGCUGCCGACCCCGGAGAGCCAGCCCAAGAGGGAAGAGCCUGGGACGGCAGCAGCUGCCGUGGUGGGAGGCCCACUCACUCCGCUGGCCUUGCCUAGCAAAGCCGAGAGCGUGGUCUCCGUGACCAGUCAGUGUAGCUUCAGCAGUACCAUCGUCCACGUGGGAGACAAGAAGCCCCCCGAGUCGGAUAUUGUAAUGAUGGAGGAGGCGGCGCCCAGCGCAACCCCUCCAGCCCCUCUGCCCAGCGUGACCCCAGACCGGGAGCAGCAGUAUCGCAAGGUGGGGCUGACGAAGGAAGUGCUCUCCGUCCACACCCAGAAGGAGGAGCACGCCUUCCUCACGCGCUUCAAGGACCUCAGCCAGCUGCACGUCUUCAACUCCCCCUCGGGGCGGAGCUGGCAGGAGCGGCACCACGCCAGGCCCCAUGCCGAGCGAGGACACAAAGGCCUGCGCCAGGGCGCCCGAGGAGGCCCAGGUUGUCGCGGGCGGAGCAGGAAGUCUAAAGCCAAACGCAUCAAGCAGCAGAACAAGUUGUCGGACAGCACCAGCUCCCCCGCCCCCUCUGCCUCCCCGCCCCAGCUCCUGUGUGCCCCGGGCUCUUCCUCUUGGCCUCCUUCGGGCAACUCCCAGGCCAGCCUGCCCAACCUGCCUUACCCGACCGUCAUGCCCACUUACCCUAUCCCAGUCUUCCCCCCACGAGCCGCCGCCCCCUCUCAGAACCCACUGCCUGCCCCACAGUUCCCCACUUCGCUAGUCACCCCCAUGGUGGCGCUCGUCCUGCCCAACUACGUUUUCCCCCAGCUGAACAGCCCUCUCCCCCCGUCCUACUUCCCCGGCGCGCCCGUCUUCCCCUUCGGCCCUCAGCCAGGGAGCGCGCCAGCUCCUGGGCCCGCGGCGGCCACGCAGGUGCUUUCCCGGCCCUCCACCCCGCACUCGAUGAGCCAGCCCGAGCGGGCCGAGUCGCCGCUCUUUGAGUCGCGUUGCAGCUCCCCCCUCCAGCUCAACCUGCUGCAGAUGGAGGAGAUGCCCAAGCCUUGCGACCGCCAAGAAGCCGUCGCCAGCAGCCAGGCCAGGCCAACGGGGCCCGCCGCGGACUGGGCGGCCGUUAAUGGCGGGCAGGGCCUGGCGAACGAGCUCAGCGCUCAGAAAGAGACGUGCAUGGCGGAAGCCCACGACUCCUCCAACAACGACGCUCUGUCCAGUUCCAGCGACCUCCUGGAUCUGCUCCUGCAGGAGGACUCGCGCUCCGGCACAGGUUCAGCCGCCUCCGGCUCAGCCGCCUCGGGCUUCAUGGGCUCUGGCUCCAACGGGGACAGCACUUCCGCCAGCGGCACCACGAGCAGCAAGAGCAGCAAUACCAGCAAAUACUUUGGCAGCAUCGACUCCUCGGAGAACGACCUGCGAGGCAAGAAGCGCUCCGAGGUGGAGGACAACGCGCACUUCAUCAAGUACGUCCUGCAGGACCCCAUCUGGCUGCUGAUGGCCAACACCGACGACAAGGUCAUGAUGACCUACCAGCUCCCUGCCAGGGACAUGGAGAAGGUGCUUCAGGAAGAUCGGGAAAAGCUGAAGCAGAUGCAGAAACGGCAGCCACGAUUCACAGACGAGCAGAAGAAGGAGUUGGCCGAAGUGCACUCCUGGGUCCCUAAGGGGAUCUUGCCCAAAGCGAUCAAUAUCACGGCCUGUGUGGACUGCGGAAGCAACCCAUCCUCUAAAGUAGCCCCUCUGUACGAUGUGGAGAUCCAGGACAUGGACCUGAACGGCAUGUUGGAGCCAAUGGAGGAGGGCAACGGGGCGCAGGCCUCCCUGCCGUCCUUGCCCCCCGAAAUGGCCAUGGAGGAGGAGGAGGCUGGCGUGGAGGCGGGAGAGCAGACACCUCCAGCGCAGGCGGCGGUGAAGGACUCGACCUCAGCACCCAGGCACUGAACUGCGUAGAUCCCUUUCCCAAAGCCGGGAUGGCUUCGAUUUGCUCUGAGCCCGGGACGCUGCUGAGCAGUGGGGCCCAGGCGCAGAAACGUGCCCCAGCUCCUUCGAGCGGCCGCUGCCCCGCCACCUCCUGUGGCCAUCAUAUGACUGCAGGGAAGAGGCAGGCGACGCACGUUGUGGGUGUUUGGGGGCCUGCGUGGCCCCCAUGUCUACAGGAGAGAACCGCAUAGGAGCACCAGCUUGGUUCUAACGUGGAACCCCAGGCUGGCCUGGCUCCAAUGGUACAGAACGCCCCUCCUGACCUUUCUCUACUUCAGCUGGACCAGCCGCCCCAAACCUUACUUGCCUUACUGAGGAUUUGGACCCAGACAGCCCAUGACAUUGGGGCAGGGGGACCCGGGUUUUUAUGUAUUUAUUUUUUGCAGAAUUGUCAUAUGUUGUUGUUACUUUUUUUUACCGAUCUGCAGCUGUGCUCUUUGAAGGGGCCGGUUUGCAACACUGAUGAUGAUGAUAAUAAUAAAAAAAAGAGUAAAGUGAGGCUGGCCUACGGACAAUGAUCUUGACACACCCUUUCUGUGUCCCCCCCCCUUUUUGGUACUACCCCUUUACCUUGAGAUAUCACCAGAGAAGGAAGCUUUUUGUCUCACUAGUUGUGAACAUCCUUCAGUAGCUAACUUAAGCUCGCUCUCGGCCUGGAACCAGAUUUGGAGACAGUGGAGUGAGAUGGGCAGAAAUCGUUAGAGGGCCCUAAAACGUUAUCACCUCUCCAUUGAGACUGGCGCCUCUCCAAGGGACAACACCGCUACGUACACCCCACUUUUAUAGCUCAUAUUGUCAGCGCUCCCUGUAACCUUGCCUGGAAAAACAAACAAACCUUGCAGCUACACCCCCCCUUUUAAAGAAAUGUUUUACCGAGAAGACCAAAGAGCUUUUUUCUUCCUGUGACUGCAAAAAGGAACAGCCCUGAAUCCACCUGUUCAGAGUAGCUGACCUCCCACUACUUUUCUCUUCUACCUACUAUUUAUUUGAACCAUUUAUAUUUUCCUUUUUUUAAGAAUAAAAAAACAGAAUGUCUGUCGGGCAGGUUGCUAGUCAGGAAUUUAGGCUCAACGGGAUGCGGUUUUUGGUUAGGUCUCUGAAUAUUGAGGUGUGAAGAACCAUCAACUUCCCCUGCUUUUCGGGGACAUGUCACCCACCCACCCUGUUCCUGUGUUGCUCCUUGUCUUGCACCAUAAGUUGAAGCUCUGUUCACACCGUCCCGUGAUGUGGGGGUGUUUGGCUUUCAAUUCCUAACGUUCAACCAUCCUUUGAAAUUUUCAGUUUACAUCAAUGCCUGACAUUCCACCUGUGGUCGACUCCUUUUCCCUCGUCUUCCUUGAAGAAACAGGUUGCAGCAAUGCACGGACUCCUUUUUCUGUGCAGAGCUUGACAGCACAUUAAGGAAUUGACAUUCAGUGGGUCUGCCUUUUUAAUCUAUCGAUGAAUUAAAUUAAUCCUACCUACGGCAAAGGCUUGAUGAAGUUGCCCCUUGCAAGGGGCCCAAAACAGCUGCGUUUCUAAGCACGGUAAUGUAGUGUUUGCUCACCUCUAGUUGAUGACACCAUGA